AAUAAUUGCCUUUCAAAAUCGAACAACGACAAGAGGCUCUCGCUUAUGGUGUGGCAAAGGUUCUGCUUUGUGUCUCUCGCUGAGUUGGGUAGAGUUCCUUUUCUAUCAUCUUCAUCAACACCACAUCUCAGCCUCUCCUCUUCAAUCUAAAAUGGGUUCAGGCAGUAGUCGACUGGGUUCGCGACCAUAUAGGGGUCCGGUCAACCGUAGAAAUCGGUCCGGUGUUUUCUCAUCUCUUAUCUGUGGCGGCUCUUCUUCUCGCGCUUAUCAGGAGAUGGAAGAACAUCCAGCUGAAGGCCUGGGGAAUUCUGAAGUACAUUGUUAUGAAGUGCUCAAUAGGAUUCAGAACUCCAGUGCAGAAUCCUCUUCUACUUUGGGUAUGAUAACUGAGGUUACUAGUUCUAGUUCUCAAAAUGGAGUUCCAUCGGACAGCAAUGAAACAGCAUAUGGGGAUUCUCUAGUUGAAAAUGGUUUUAGAAAUGUUGACGCGAGUCACCAGGUAAAGAACCUGUCUGAAAGUAAGGAACUAGUUGCUUCUAGUCUGGUAAGUGUAGAUCAUAGUAGUGAUUGUCAUGAUUGUAGGGAUAGUAGUACUACAGCUAGUAUUUCAUUUAAAGAACGACAAUCUUCAGACGUUGCUUGUGUUAAUGUCUCGGCUAACAAGGAUGCAGUUGGUGGCAUUGAUAAUUCAGAGGGCGAGAGUGUAUCUCAGAUCUAUCCUGAAGCUAUUCAGCCAACUAGUUCUUCUGAAGGGCAUGGAGGCUCAUGUUCUGGAUCUUCUCAUGGGGCAUCUGUUGAGGAUCAUGUGGGAAGGGUGACGAGUUCUGACUCUGAUUCUUUGCCCCAUGUCACGGAUACGUCAGUUGCUUUUCACCCGCGAGAAACUGAAUCUGUUAGGGAGGCAAUACCUUCGGGUAUAGGACACAGUGUCUCUAACAGGGAACAAGGUCAGGUAGAUGGAAGUGUUCUUCAUGUUGAUGUGGUGAGUAUAUCUCCCAGCAUUUUGUCCAGCAGCAAUGCAAGUAGAGGUAAUCGCGAGUCCCGAAGGAACAGUAGAAGAUUGUUUUGGGAUGCAGUUUCAAGGCGCAGUUCUAGAAGACAUAUUGGUUCUCCAACAAUUCUGUUUCCGACAGAUGAUUCUGAUGAUAUUGGAUCCCGUGACAGAUGGCUCCUUGACAUCAGUAAUGAUUUUCUUGAAGAUGGGGUUGGAGGUGACUCUGCGAACCUUGGAAGUAGAAAUUACAAUUUCUACGAAAGGAGACGGCAUUCAAGAUCUGAGAUCUGGGAAAGAAUUCAUAGUGAUAUUGAUGAAAGUGGUCGGCGAACUACCUAUUGUCCAUCUGGACUCCAUGCUGAAGGUUCAUGCUCAUGUGAUUCAUUCUUGACGACUGAGGAGCCUAAUACUCGUGCAAGUAUAUCACGAAUAGUCAUGCUUGCUGAAGCUCUUUUUGAGGUUUUGGAUGAAAUUCAUCGCCAACCUGUAUCACUAUCCCUAUCUAUGGUGUCCCUCCCAGCACCUGAAUCGGUUGUCGACUCUUUCCCUCUCAAGAAUCACAAAAAGGCAGAUAUAGCAGUGGAAGGCGAUGCUGAACAGUGUUACAUUUGUCUGGCUGAGUACGAGGAAGGGGAUAAGAUACGUGUUCUUCCCUGCCAUCAUGAAUAUCACAUGUCUUGCGUGGAUAAAUGGCUUAAAGAAAUACAUGGGGUUUGCCCACUUUGUCGAGGAGAUGUUCGUCAGAGUGCCCAUGACUGUUCUGUAUCCAACUCAGAAGCUGCUUCUCUUUAAUGGAGAUAUACAUAUAUGGAUGUAAAUAUUAACAGAUCUUGUAGCUUUAAAAAGGUUGAUUUUAUAGUCUUAGAUAUUGAUCUAAAUUCUAUGUCUUGUCGUGUCAUUUUCAUGUGAUGCGAUUCUGUAGGACAUACCCACAGCAAUUUACAGAAAUUCAUAUAUAGUUAAUACAAUGAGAAUUUUGCUGGCUUAG